AUGACCGACCGAACCGGAUCCUAUGAUACACUAGGGAACUACGAGCCCUCGGGCUACGACAGCUACAGUGCAACCGGCUACGGAGCACUGCACACCCAUGAUGCCGGCUACGGUGCCACAACAUAUGAUCCCAGUACCGGCUCAUACGACCAACACCUGGAUUACGAUACCCCGGCUGGCCGGAGACAUCACCGAGAGCGGGUUGAUCCGACCGGCACCUAUCGACACCGCGACGUUGACCGGUACGACGAUGGAUCUACUCGUGUCCACAGAGAAUACGAUAAUCCGAACACUGGAACUAGUUACCACCGUGACUAUGAGAAAUAA